CAAUAAUAUGAUCACACUGUCAAGGAGUAUCAGAUGCUCCUUUGUUGGCUUGUUUCUUCCCGGGGGAAAAGGGGAGAUGCCUGAUUCUUCGGCUUACAUGUCAGAUGAUCUUGCGAGGCCUAUCUGCGCAGAGAAUGCCCUGUUAUGCGACCGAAUAUCAACAGCGCGCAAGGUAUAUGUCGUUAGACCUUGUGGCGCCCAGCUUCAUUGUCUUCGACUGACGAAAGGACUCUGAAAAGGGGAUUAAUAGUAUCCUAAACCAUGAUCAGGGAACAAAGAUGGCAAGUCAUGUGUUUUUUCAACUUUGGGGUGAAGUCCACUGGCUCGUCCUGUGCAGCGGGGUGUAUAAAUCAAACUGUUGUCUCCGACUCGGGAACUCUAGGGUUCGAGUACUUAGUCUGAG